UCAGCCUCUCUAGUAGCUAGGCCUACAGGUGUGCACUACCAUGCCAAGCUAAGUUUUGCACUCUUUGUAGAGAACAAGUUUCACCAUGUUGCCCAGGCUGGUCUCAAACUCUUGGACUCAAAUGAUCUGCCCACCUUGGCCUCCCAAAGUACUGGUUUUAGAGGCAUGAGCUACCACACCUGAUGGAGUUUUUAAUUGUAAACAAACAAACAGGGCACACAACUACACUAACAAUUCCAUUCACUUAGCUGACACUCCCAUGUCAAUAUCAAGAGGGCUGUUACACCAGUGUGAAGUACCCUAAGUAUUCAAAAUCUCUUGCAGUAAUGAAAAAAGGUCUUCCAUUGACAAAUCACAGAACAUAGGUUAAAACCAAGUACGGAACUCAUGAUUAUAUAAACGGAUAGGUUAAGUCAGUUCUAUGUUACUUAAGUGGAAGGAAGAGUUUGAAAAUAAAAGCUAUAAUUUAGUUUUAAUUAGUCAAAGUGAUAGUUACACAGAAAUGAAAACAAAUUAAAUACUUCAUCUUUGAGUAUGAGCAAAAAAGUUAUGCACUUAGUUUUAAUAUUUUAUUAACCUUACCACUUCAUUAAUUCCAGAAGCAACCACCAAAAUGAAGACUGCUUUAAUUUUGCUCAGCAUUUUGGGAAUGGCCUGUGCUUUCUCAAUGAAAAAUUUGCAUCGAAGAGUCAAAAUAGAGGAUUCUGAAGAAAAUGGGGUCUUUAAGUACAGGCCACGAUAUUAUCUUUACAAGCAUGCCUACUUUUAUCCUCCUUUAAAACGAUUUCCAGUUCAGGGCAGUAGUGACUCAUCUGAAGAAAAUGGAGAGGAUAGUUCAGAAGAGGAGGAGGAAGAAGAGGAGACUUCAAAUGAAGGAGAAAACAAUGAAGAAUCAAAUGAAGAUGAAGACUCUGAGGCUGAGAACGCCACACUUUCUGCUACAACACUGGGCUAUGGAGAGGACGCCACACCUGGCACAUGGUAUACAGGGUUAGCUGCAAUCCAGCUUCCCAAGAAGGCUGGGGAUGUAACAAACAAAGCUACAAAAAAGGAGGAAAGUGAUGAAGAAGAAGAGGAGGAAGAGGAAGAAAAUGAAAACGAAGAAAGCGAAGCAGAAGUGGAUGAAAACGAACAAGGCAUAAACGGCACCAGUACCAACAGCACAGAGGCAGAAAACGGCAACGGCAGCAGCGGCGGAGACAACGGAGAAGAAGAAGGGGAAGAAGAAAGUGUCACUGGAGCCAAUGCAGAAGGCACCACAGCAACCGGAGGGCAGGGCAAGGGCAGCUCUAAGACAACAACCUCUCCAAAUGGUGGGUUUGAACCUACAACCCCACCACCAGUCUAUAGAACCACCUCCCCACCUUUUGGGAAAACCACCACCGUUGAAUACGAGGGGGAGUACGAAUACACGGGCGCCAAUGAAUACGACAAUGGAUAUGAAGUCUAUGAAAGUGAGAACGGGGAACCUCGUGGGGACAAUUACCGAGCCUACGAGGAUGAGUACAGCUACUUUAAAGGGCAAGGCUACGACAGCUAUGAUGGUCAGAAUUACUACCACCACCAGUGAAGCUCCAGCCUGGGAUGAACUCAUCCAUUCUGGCUUUGCAUCCGGCUACCAUUUUCAAAGUUCAACUCAGGAAGGUGCAAUAUAACAAAUGUGCAUAUUAUAAUGAGGAAUGCUAUUACCAUUCCAAAUUUUCCGUAAUUGCUUCUGCAAAGUAAUAGGCUUCUUGUCUCUUUUCUUUCUGGCAUGUUAUGGAAAGAUCAUUGGAAAUUAGGGCAAUCUAUUAAGCAGUACACCAGCUCAUAAGAUCAAAUUCCAUUGAAUGGUUUGAGGUUGUAGCUCUGUGAAUAGUAGUUUUUAACAUGCCUGUACUAUUGCUAACUGCGAAAACAUACUCUUUGUACAAGAAGUGCUUCUAAAAAGAAUUUCAUUGACAUUAAUGACACUGUAUACAAUAAAUGUGUAGUUUCUUAAUCGCACUACCUAUGCAACACUGUAUAUUAGGUUUGUCAUCCUCAUGUAUUUUUAUGUGACCUGUAUGUAUACUCUAAUCUAUGAGUUUUAUCACAAAUAAAAAUGCAAUCCUU